AUGCUGCCAUCCCUGCUUUCCGUUUUAUUCUUCCUGCUCUAUGCAGUGAACGCUGUUCCACUGGCGCCCCGGGCGAGUGCACUCGCCGGGAUCGACACCAAGUCCUUCUCUAAGACCAAAGAUUAUCCCCUUCCCAACCUGGGCAACAUCGUUGCUCAUGACCCUAAUGUCAUUCAGCAUGAUGGCUAUUUCUACUUGUACAAAGGUGGUGUGCACAUUCCGAUUCACAGAGCCCGCUCCCUCAGUGGGCCUUGGGAACAGGUCGGGACCGUCCUGGACGACUCCAGCGUGAUCCCGAAACAGAACCGCUCUCGUCCUUGGGCCCCUACGACCAUUCAGCACGACAACCGUUUCUACUGCUUCUACGCGAUCAGCGAGAACGGCAGUCGCGACAGCGCCAUUGGAGUCGCCUCUUCGGAUACUCCCGUCGGUGGAAACUGGACGGACCAUGGCGCUGUCGUCAACACCGGCAAGGGAGACCUGUCGGACAUCUAUCCUUACUCGGUAUCCAAUGCGAUAGACGGCGCAUUCAUCACCGAUCAACAGACCGGACAGUCUCACCUGCUUUACGGGAGCUAUUGGCAUGGUAUUUUCUCGGUGCCAUUGGCUGAUGAUCUCCUUUCCGUCAAAACCCCGAAGACCCCAAACGCGACCAACCUGGCCUACAUCCCAGAUGCCAAGUCCAAGCCUAUCGAGGGCUCUUUCAUGACUUACAAGGCGCCUUACUACUACCUGUGGUUCAGUCACGGCAAAUGUUGUCACUUUGAUAUUCACGCUUUUCCGCCCAUGGGAGACGAGUACAACAUCCGGGUCGGUAGAUCUAAGAGUGCGACAGGUCCUUUCGUGGAUAAGGAUGGCCAUGAUACCCUCAAGGGCGGUGGUACCAUCGUCUACGGCUCCAACCAUGGAAUUGUCUAUGCCCCUGGUGGAGUGGGCGUGUUGAUCAACAAUGGCAGCGAAGCCGAUGUCUUGUAUUACCAUUAUCUCAACACUACGUCUGGUUUCGCACAGGGAGACGCGCACUUGGGAUGGAACUAUCUGCACUAUGUAAAUGGAUGGCCAGUGGCUGUCGAGGGGUAUGUGAAUGCCAACGGCAAAUAA